AUGGACGAGUCGUGGAGGUGCACGAUGGGGUCGGUGCUGCCGCGGCAGAGGGCAUCGGACCACCACGCCGGCGGCGGCGGGGGAGGACGGCAGAGCCUCGCUCCCGACGACUUCCGGGACGUGUUCGGCGGGCCGCCGCGCACGGUGCUCCUCCGCAGCUUCUACGGCGCCGGCGAGGCUGAGAACUACCACUCCCCGGCGAUGGGGCAGCAGCACCAGCACCACGUGUUCUAUGGCGGCGCCGACGCGUUCGGCCGCCGGUACGGCGCCGCCGCCGACGGCCGGGGCGCGGCGGCGGCCGUGCCCACCGAGGAGGGCUUUUUUGACGACAUCUUCGGCGCCGGCGGCCGUCACGUGAGGUCGAGGUCGAGGUCGACGAAGUCGUCGUCGGUGGUCAGCUCCGACGAGUUCGGCGCCGGCCCCGCCUUCUGCCGGCAGCCGGCCGGCUCCGGAUGUCGCGGCGGCGACGCCACGCUCUCCUCCUUCGCUUCCAAGCUCAGGCCGAUAGCGAUUCCGUCGCGGCGGUACGACUCGUCGCCGCCGUCGACGGCGUCGACGAGAGGGGACUACCAGAGCAGUUUCACGUGCUCGACGGCCGCGUACCCGGCGUCGCGCUGCUACUACGCCGGCAGGACGACGGCGACGAACCACAGCAGCGCGGCGAGCAGCAACGCCGAGAGCUCGGCGCCGGCGGCGCACCACGGCAACCACCGUCACCACCACCGCGGCAGCGGCGGCUUCUGCUGCUUCACGUCCAACCCGGAGACGACCAGCAACGGGCACAGCUUCCGGCGGACACGCCGCGGCGGGAGGGCGCGGUCGCCGGCGGCCGCGGCCGCGGCCGACGCCGACACGGCCACCGAGUGGUCUCACUCCCACGCCGCCGACUACGGGUACUACUACUCGCCGCCGUCCGCCACGUCGUCGUCGGCGUUCGGCAACCAGCUGCCGAGGACGCCGCGGCGGCUGGAGGAGGUGGUGAUGGAGGUGAGGGAGCGUGCGCCGCUGCUGAUGGACGACGACGGCGACAUCGACAGCGUGGGCGCCGCCGCCGUGGACGAGGCCAUUGCAUGGGCCAAGGAGAGAUUCUGGAGCCAAGCCUAGUACUCAUAAACUGUCAAGAAAUCAGUAUCAGGACAUGCCCAAUUUCAAUCCACCAAUCCAUGUUAUGCACUUUGUAAAUUGAAAUCAUAAUUCAUUCUUAGCUUAUAUACUCCUAGAGAUGACUGAUGAAAUGUGAGUCACACUCACAU